GGGGAGAGUAUCUCCAUGUGCAGUGUAUAAUCAAUAAUGUACAUACAUACUACUACAAUUAAAUGGAGAUAAAAAGGACGACGUACAAAUGCAUAGUGAGAUGAUGGAGUAUAAGAUAGGUGCGGGGUUCGUUUCCCAUGUUGAGUGACCUAAAAGAUACCCAAUUCUUUUUUUGGGAAAAGGGGAUAAGCAUAUAUUUCUUACUUGUUCGUCGAAUGAAUCUAACUUUAUUCAUGUAGGAGGAAUAAACUAGUUUAUAAGGUGGUGAUGAUAAACAACUGCUUGAAAUUCAGUCCGCCAUUUUUUUCAUGAAUGUGGAAGAUUGGAGCUCCAGAUCUGUCAAUUACCCACUCGUAGAUUGCUGCCGAAAUUUGGCUCCUGAAUUGGGAGUUUAUGCUCAGAAGGGUAUUAUUGGAAAAUGGGAACAGUGACAAUUGAAACCGAUAGUUUAUGCUCAAAAGAAUAUGCAGCUUUGGGGCUAAAAGGCUCGAGAAAGGACAAUAUAGGAAAACCCGGAGUUUUAUCACUUCUCUCGACGUUUUUGGAGAGAUCUGUUCAGAAAAACGAAAGGACAAUGGAAACUUCAGAUACGAAAGAUGUUAUCACCAUAUUUCAUGGCUUAUGUGCACCUUCUCUGAGCAUCGAACAGUACAUCGAUCGGAUUUUUAAGUAUUCGUGCUGCAGCCCUUCGUGCUUUGUUAUUGCAAAUAUAUAUAUGGAUCGGUUUAUGCAGCGGACAAAUUUAUCAUUAAAUUCCCUCAAUAUUCACCGGCUCCUUAUCACAAGCGUAAUGGUGGCUGCAAAAUUUAUCGACGAUGCAUUCUUCAACAAUGCCUAUUACGCUAGAGUGGGAGGCGUAAGUACAGCAGAACUGAACAAAUUGGAGAUGAAAUUUUUAUUCUCUCUAGAUUUCAGACUUCACGUUAGUGUACAGACGUUUCGAAAAUAUUGUGCCCUCCUCAAACAAGAAGCCGCAGGUGGCCCCGUUGAGCGCUCAAUCCACGCGUGUGGAGUGGAAGAGAGCUGGCCGAACAAAGCUAGGUUAAGAAGAGAAUAUCACCAUGCACUCAAAUCUCGUCAAGAAUGAUACAUAUCCACGCAAAUUUUCUGUACAAUAAAAUAUCGUAAUCUUUAUCGCAAGUUUCAAUCAGCUCAAAUUUUGUUUGUAGGGGAAUGAAAACGACACCAUGUACAGUAUAAUACACAUUAUGAUAUAAUCUUAAACAUUUAA